UACUUCUCAUUAAUAUUAUUCAGAGCAUUGGCGAUUCCUUUGCAGUGCCUGAAGAUGGAAAGUUGGUCGGUUGAUCAAGUCUGCAACUGGUUGAGACAGAGAAAUUUGGGAGAAUUAGUUCCUAAGUUUCGUGAAGAAGAAGUAAGUGGAGCAGCUCUUCUGGCUCUUAAUGAUCGUAUGGUGCAGCAGCUGGUAAAGAAGAUUGGGCACCAGGCAGUGUUAAUGGACCUGAUUAAUAAAUACCACCAACAAAGCAGUGGUCUGCAGUCCCUCACCUGCUACUGUGGAGCAGCUUCCCCGAAAUUCACGGAGGCAAUCAGUGGGAUUACUGACAAACAGCUGUUCAGUUCUUUUGGUCCUGUGGAGCAGAAAAGGUAUCUUUCUCCAAGUGACAAUGAGGAAGGACUAAUUGAUCAAAGAGUAUUAAAGCAGAAAAAGAAUAUGAAAUCAUUUCUUGUCAGAUAUAAGACAUUACAGUGGACAAGCUCUUAUGCUUUGCCAGACUUUCCUUAUGAUGUCAAGUGCAUAUUAGCAGAAAAAAAAUGCCCUGAUCACAGUAUGAGAAUAAGGAUUAUUGAAUUCUUGCAAGCAGACAUGACAAAAUACUUGAAAGGAUCUCUGUAUCCAAACAGUCAACAGUAUAACAUCGUUGUCAAUGCUUUGCUGCAGGCAUACCCAUUCCUUAAUGAAGAUGGAAAUGGCUUUCUGCUGUGGAAACGAGCUCUUAAAGAUCGCUUCAAAUACGUCCGGAGACCYAUUGAAGAUGAUGAGCAAGUGCUGAGAAACAAGUGCAAAUUUGGCCACAGGCGAGGACAGAGCAGGAAACCUGUGUCUGCCGAAAACAAGCCCCUUGACAUCAAACUGCGGAUAGAGCCUGCGUGUGUUGACAGCAGGGUGAUGGACGCGCACGUCAACUGGCUGCAGCGAGAAUACCUGAAGGCCCGGAGGGACUGGGGGCAGGUGGACAGCAGAAUGCGGGUGACCGUAGGGGUGCGGAGGAAGAUGAUCCGUGACAAGGCACCUUUAAAAGAGGUUCUCAGGCUGUUUCCUUUCCUGAGAUGUCCUUAUCAGCUUUUUAGGGAGUUCCAGCUUCUCACGCACAUGGACAUUUAUAAGAAAACAGUCGAGAUUUUGGAGACUUAUUCAGAGAACAUAUUAUCUCUGCAUGUGGUGAGGAAUAAUCCCAUUCACAUUAUGCUGCAAGAAAACCUGAAGCUCCAUGCGGAGGAAGACGUUCGGAAAGGUAUGAAGAUGACGGCUGCGUGUUUGCUUCUGCCAGAGGUCUUUGGGGAAGAUGCCGCUCUGUUUGCAGCAGUGAAUGAGGAGGUGACGGUGGCGACGCCGGUGCUGACCGUGAGAAACCCCUUCAGCGUGACCGCGUGCGCGUUUGCCGUGCGCGUGGGGYGCGAGGAGCUGGCCCGGCUCGACGCCUGCGCCCCGGCGCUGGCCGCGCUCGUCGCCGCCUUUCACGUGUUCGACAUCCCCUGGCCCCGGGGCCUGCGCAGCACCCUGGCCUUCCUGGCGCCCUGCCUGAGCCACGGAGCCACCGGCGCCCGAGCGCUGCCCUCGGGAGCACAAGAGCCCUYGCUGACCCACGAGCCACCUUCCCACAGGCAGUGGGGUUGGAACAUCCUUGGGGCUCAUAAGGACAUGCUUUCUUAA